ACCAUUGUUUCCCCCUCCAACUAUUCCCUUGCUUCUUUUCACCCUUUUUGCUUAUAAAUAUGUUAUUCAUUCUCUAACAAAUAUCAUCAUUCAACAACUCGUUUGCUUCCACUUCUUCACUAUCUCAUCUCAUACCAAAAUGGCCUCUGCUCAGGUUGAUGCUACACAGGUGGAAGAGUUCAUCAAACCUUCUGAAGAAACAACAGUUGGAUCUCCCACCAAUGUUGAAGAAUCAACAAAAGCUCCUGCACCCGAGGACAUCAAAUCGCCCUACGACGAAGAUGACGAUGAAGAAGAAGAAGUUAUUUUGCCUAAUGAAUUAGCAAAACAGGAGGAUUUAGAUGAUGAAGACGACCCGAAAGCCCUAUCACCACAGAUAAUUGAAGACAAAGAUGAUGAAUACGAGGAUGAUGAUGAAGAACCUGUGUCGAAAUCUACUGGUAGAGCUAGUGAUUUCUCGGAGGAAGAAGGCGAUGAUGACGAUGAAGUUUGAAAUGCGGUGAUCAGUGUUUCGAAACAUAUGUUUGCGUUUAUGUUUGGUUUUAUAUGUUUGAAUAGCAACCGAGUCGGGUUUUGCUCGGUUAGCCUAUCUAUCCAUUGUAUUCCGCGAACAUCUAUUUUACACUAAACUAGGUACCGUGUUAAGUAACAUCUAAAGUUAGUUUUGUUAUUAAAGUUCA